AUGGCUGCCUCCAUCAACAUCCAGAUCCCCUUCGACACCCUUGAGGCCAUUCAGGAGAACGAAGGCAUCACCCAGGCACUGCAAAAGCUUGCGGUAAAUCCCAGUUCCUCAUCCAAGGUCAUCCACAACAUUGCCGCCGCCGUCAUUAAGGCUGUCGAGGAGCUGCCCUAUAUGGUCAAGGCAAAGACGGCACAUCCAUCGAAGGCUUCAGCUGCUUCAUUCGAUGUCGAGUCUGUGUUCGGCGACGCCAGGCGUACGGUGAACUCGAGUCGCUCCCGGUCUCCUUCCUUCGGCCCGCCAAAGCCGCGAUCGCGCCUUCAGAGCCCGGUAUACAAUGGCUGGGACACGUCUUCACCUAUCACUACGCCCCCCUCCCCAGUCUCGCCAUGCGGAGGCUGGGGUCCGUCGGUGUCUGAUUCGCAUCCCGUGUACAGCACGUCGGCAAGCAUCACUGUCACCAUCGAGUCAGACGAUGGUCGCCACAGCUUCGUUGUUGAGACAUAUAGUUGCUUUCGCGACCUCAUCCACGAAUACUCUUGGUGGACCGGGUCCGAAGCAGACGACCUGGUAUUCACCAUGGCUGAAAGCGGUGAAGUGAUCGGGAAAGGCCAGUACAGUGCGAAUUUGCUCUGGCUGGGCAUCCGCAACGGCACCACCAUCAACGUAGAAAAGGUUGGCGGUAUUCUCACUGGUGAAGCGACUAGAGUCUCCAUCACCUUCCGUGACUCGAUGCGCAACGAAGUAGUUAUUCCGGUUGACGGCUCUAGCACUUUCCAGGACCUCAUUCAACUAUAUUCGCAGCGUACUGGUCGUGACACACGUAAGCUCGAUUUCUUCUACACCCUAAACGGUGUGGAGGAUGACAAGAUCGCCACCGAAUGGCCGCAGGGGAGUCUUGAUCAACACUUCUCCGACGGCGAACUGAUCUUGGUCAAGCCCAAACCUCUCUCGUCAAUCAACUUCUCGUUCACGAUCCGUGAUGCGAUGGACAAGGUCAAUCACUUUGAAGCAGACCGCUACAUCGAUAUGGCCGAUCUGGAUGAAAUGUACAGCCACAAGACCGGCAGCAAGUUCGGCUCGCUGCAGUACGAAGUCCACGGCGAAGUUUUCCAGAGCAACUCGAUGAGCUGGACCGGCCAGACAUUAGAUAUGUGUGGCGUCUUCAACGGCACCGAGAUUCUGGUGCGCCCUCAUAAGGCCUCCGUUCGUCCUGGCUGGGUGUGUGACUGCUCUGAGUACGAGGACUGGACCGAUCGCCGCAAUUCCGUGGAGAGGGGUCGUGGUUGGGAUUGA